CAGCGGCAGAAGCCCGUGGAUUAAUUGAGCGCACCCGCAUCCGAUUGGCGGCAAUCUUUGUGACGUUUACGGAUGUAAAUGGAGCAGAGCCGUUCUGCUGCUGUUACACAAGUCUUACAGGGAAGGAAGCGAAGAUGAGGGUUUCCACCAGUCAGCUGCAGCAGCUCACCAUCUUUACCACCGUGCUGACCGGAGCUGGGAUUGGCACCAUGUACUAUCUAAUGCAGAAGAAAUUUGUUGAGUCAGACUAUCACAGACUGGCUCUGCAGAAGUUGGAAGCAUGUUCAGUUGCCAUGGAAAGCCUGGGGGCCCCGCCAUUAAAAGUCCACAACAUCCAUCUGACUGACAGAAACAACCGCAUAGAUCAACGCACUGCAGAGAUAAAGAUCCCUGUGACCGGGUCACUAACUGGAGGUUAUCUCUAUACUUCUUCAAUCAGAGACACUGAUACCAACAGGUGGAGUCUGAAGCAGGCAGUUCUGAAGCUCAAGGAAGGACAGAUCAUCGACCUGCUGAAUCCACCUCCACCAGCUGCAGCACAAACCCAAGAUACAGUGGAGGGGCUGGACACAGGCCACUGGCACUGACCAGCUCCAUGUAUAAUUGAGAACAAUCAAAGUGGAAGCCAUCCUGCUCCUACCGCUAAUGACUAGAGAUCUGAUCAACUGUAAUAAUAUAGAGGUAUAUUUACCAAAUGGCAAAUCCUCAACUCCAGUGUCAUGUUGGAGAGACAGUUACUCAGCUCUGUGAUUGUUACUGAGCUGCUAACAGACUGCCCCGGAUUGUUGUGUUGUCUCCAGGUUUGGUUUUGAUAAAUAAUGUGGUGCAGCCAUGUUUUUGCACUAACUGUUGUAUUAUUGCUUCUCUUUUCUUUUAUAAUGAAUUUCUUUCGAAGUAUGAUGUGCCACAGGUCCAGACCUGCAAGAGCAACAGUGUUGAACAUGUAUCAAGGAGUAUUUUGCCUUCUAAUAUAUAAAAUACCCUCUCGU